CACCGUUUCUAUCAACUUUUCAUUAUGGUUUCGUUGGAGACAUUGACCCCAUUCCAGGACAAACCGAUUGAGCCUCGGCAGUUUCAGCUCAUUUCACCACGGAGCUUCUCAGUAGCAAGGUACAUCUGCCAUUUUGAAUGGAUCUUUGGCCUAGAGUACGAUGCCUUUCCUUUCAGCAGCGAACUCAAUACAAUGUUAGUCUCGAAGGAUAUCCGACAGUAUCUUGAGCGAGGCUUGUUAAUUUUUGUUCCGACCGCUGACGUUUUGGAAAGAGCCUACGAGAUGUUGAUUUACAAUAACCAUCGUCCUCGCGAUCCCGACGAACGCAAACGUUUUGAGGAAUUCGGUACAGGCCCAUGGGAGUACACCAUUCUACCAGGACGAUGGAAUACAAAGACUAAGAAGAGCGAGUCUUUACCGCCAUUAUUCAAUCACUCAUCCGAGGGUGCCUUUACCCCUUUCUUUUUCGAUGAUCGCGAUUUCGACACUCUGCCACGAUUCACCUCCGCUGUGCAUCCCCUCAUAGUCGUCUUGUUACUCCGCAUGAACGCGCCAGACAAUCAUCCUUCACAGACAAUCCAGGAGAAACUCAUCGCGCCGCUGAAAAAGGUUUUCCGCAAGUGGCCGCAAUGGGAACAUAACCGUUUCCUACCUAUGCCUAACACUAAAUUCAAGCGCGAAUAUGACGCGGGACAAAAGAUAGUUUGUCGAUGCAUCUAUUGUUCCAAAAGUACCCCUAGCACCUCUACUACCUCUUCAUCCGAAUUAGAGGAUACAUGCACGGACGAUGCAGAAGAACUGGAGAAAGAAGGUCGCGAGGAAGAAUAUAAGGAGCUAUCUCAUAUAGUGAACGAGAGGAUCUCGGUAUGGAGAGGGUGUUUAGAGGGAGUUGCGUCCAUCCACGAUGAUGUCAAACACGAUGAUAUAUUGGACCGGUACGCUCAGGAGUGUACGGAUGCUGCCGACAAGGUAAUGCUUAGGCAAGAGGAAGAGCGAGCCAAACGAGAGGCACUGGCUGCAGAAAUGCAAGGGGACUUUCCGUUGAAGAAGAAAUCUAGACAUUCCUAACCGUUCAUUCGUUUUUUGUUCUGUUUGCUUUCAUAUUCCAUUGUAUUGUUAUUUCAUAAGUCCGGCACUGUUUUUUGUGAUUAUAUUCUUAUCAGCAUGUAUCUGAAUCGCUAUCGUUAUACAAAGGUCU